UACCAGUAAAACACCAUUUCUCCUACUACUAAAAUUCAAAUACAAGCAAAAAAAAGUCUACUCCGAAUUCAAUCGAUACCAUCAGACAUCAUCAAGAGCACCAAUACUACCUCUCCGGCUACGCUAGAGAUUUACAACAAUAUGUUGAGUGAUAUAAUUUCACCGUCAAUCGCCACUUGGAGUACAACGCAAAACUUUUACACUGACCUGGAUGUUGACAUGCCUUUGAUGCAUGGUGGCGCCACCGACUUGAAUGUACCGCUCCUACCAACCUAUAAUACAUACAACACAGCGUAUAGUAAUGCUACAUCGAUGUUGUUCGACGUAAACGAAACGAGCGCAUAUCAAAUUGUAUUGAAUGGCACGAGCGGCAACAUUAGCAGCAGCAGCAGCAACAACAACAUCUUGCUGGGUGUCGGUGAUGAGAGUAGCAAUAACAGUGGUUUCAUUAUAUUCAACAGCACUGGCGUUGGCCCAAAUGGGAGCAGCAAUAUUAUCGAUGUUCUUAUAGGUGAACAUAAUGAGUUUGAUGAUCAGCAAUUGGACGACAUCAUUGGUGGCGGCGGCGAUGGCGGCACAAAGGAUCCGACGGUCGCGUUGGUGAAAAUGAUUGUCAUGUCCAUUGUGCUGGGCUUGCUCAUAUUCAUAACCAUAAUAGGCAACGUUUUUGUAAUUGCGGCAAUUAUACUCGAGCGAAACCUACAGAAUGUGGCUAAUUAUUUGGUGGUAUCGCUGGCGCUGGCUGAUUUAUUGGUGGCGUGUCUGGUGAUGCCGCUCGGCGCGGUUUACGAGAUAAGCGAGGGUUGGAUACUUGGCCCGGAGCUGUGCGACAUUUGGACAUCGUGCGAUGUGCUCUGCUGUACGGCGUCCAUAUUGCAUCUGGUGGCGAUAGCAGCUGACAGAUACUGGACCGUCACAAAUAUUGACUACAGCAAUGUGCGCACACCUAGUAGGGUCUUCUGUAUGAUAUUCUGCGUUUGGUUUACGGCGCUCAUAAUUUCCUUAGCACCACAAUUCGGCUGGAAGGAUCCAGAGUAUAUGCAGCGCAUUGAAGAACAAAAAUGCAUGGUUUCGCAAGAUGUGGCAUAUCAGAUUUUCGCAACGUGUUGCACAUUUUACGUGCCACUUUUGAUAAUUUUGGCGCUGUACUGGAAAAUCUACAAAAUUGCACGUAAACGCAUUCAACGCCGCAUCCAGCAGCGUCCACUCGCAAUGCCGUCUAACAACAAUCAGAAGAACUCCACUGCUUUGAUGCAGCGCAAGCGUAAACGCCUAAAAAUAUGCUUCGGCAAGGCAGAACAGAAUGCCGUAACGGCUGGCGCUAAUAUGGAAACAAAUGUCGGCAACUCACUGAGCAUAAGCAAUAUGCGCGAAGAGACAGAGUACAGUACAAGCAAUUUCGAUAGUAAAAGUCACGCGACCGAAAUGACAACGGCAUCGGGCGAUGCAGAGGAGUCCCAAAUCUCUGCUAUUGGCGAAAUUUCAACAGUCUCGCACGAAGUUGCCACCACUGCGCGUCAACAACAGGCAAUCGCAAUUACAUUGACAAAAUCUGCACAACAUCUGGCCGCCGCUGGCGCCGGCGCAGCCUUUCCCACCGCUUGCAGUCAGCUCACACCGACCACACAAACCAACAAACUGCUCGCCAGCAUCCCCAAUCCAUACCACAAACUAACCAAGCGCCGCCAAAUGCUAGAGGCCAAACGUGAACGCAAAGCAGCCCAAACAUUGGCCAUCAUAACGGGCGCAUUCGCUGUCUGUUGGCUACCCUUCUUCGUGAUGGCGCUGCUGCUGUCGCUGUGCAAAGAAUGUCACAUCAACGCCGUACUUGCAUCGCUCUUCCUCUGGCUGGGCUACUUCAACUCAACUCUGAAUCCAAUCAUUUAUACCAUAUUCAAUCCGGAGUUCCGACGCGCCUUCCAACGUAUACUCUGCGGUCGCAAACGCACGCUACAUGCACGCAGCGGGAAGAUAUGAUUCUGAGAGUAGUUGAGUAGCGUGGUUGUUACUUUUGUAUCGACACGCUACAACACAUGCAAACAAGACACUAACCAAGCGGAGCAUACAGAAAUACACAGCAUGUAAGAAACAACACAAAAACCAACAACAACAGCUACUGUACCCGAUCCCUGCGCCCAACGUUUCCAUUGAUGUUGCACGUCUUCCUCGCCAGUUGAUGUACAAAAAGUACAAAAAAGUAAGCAGCUGGAACAACUAAACAAACAAACAAACCGCUGAAAGUCACUGGCAACUUAGAGUGGCGGUUUAGUCGCGACUUCAACAUACUACUUACUACCACCACUCUCGCCACGCAUCCACACACCUACACUCGCUCAGAUACAAUUCAAUGCACUUGUUUUCAAGUGUAAUUCCCUUCCUAUGCAAAUACCUAGCAACGAUGAACUUUGAACAGCAGCAUAUGCGAUACACAAACACUUGAAAAUGUGAUGUGACUUGAAUGUAAAUGUGUGUGUACUUACAUAUGUAUGUGUGUGGUGGCAUGGUGGUGUGGAUGUGGCGCACAUACCACAUACAAAGCAAAAUUAAUGUACACUCACCUAAGUAGAAGGCACCCAAUGCCAAGUGUUUGCUCAUGGAAGUGAACUCGGCUGGAAAUUUGGCAGCAAUUUUUGUUGCACAAAUUUGCAGGCAACAUAAAACUAACAGCAAAAACAUAAUCAAAAAUACAUCUACACCUUUUAAUCGAACUGUGAACUUUUAAGCAGAACUGUGAGAAGAAAGGACUUCCUAACGCAAAGAUCGAUAUUAAAGCUAGUUACAACGCGCUGACAAUCUGGACACAAGUUGUACUCGUACAUGUCCCAGCUAUCUUCCAAAAGCCAAUUAAAAGAUGCUCGUCAUUAAAUGUACUUUAUUACAUAUGUAUGUAUGUACCUACGUAUGUAUAUGUAAGUACAUACGCAACUAUAUGUAUGUGUACGCAUGCAUAUGUAUAGCAGAGAAUAUUGAGUUUACAUGUAACUAUGUUUGUAGUUUAUAGUUGUAUAAAUAUGUAUGUAGGUUAAGUCAAAGAAAACGAUACGCUUUUGAAGAGACACAAAAACAAAGUUUUAAAUAGUAUUUAGAAUGAUUUACUACAUUUUUUAAGAACUUGUAAAGUCCUCUUUAAGUCAUGAAAAUGCAAACGUAUUUGAUUGUGUGUAAGUAUGUAUUUAAAAUAAGAAAUCGCGUAAAUGGUAUUAGACGCUUUAGUAGUUAACUAUUCGUAAAUGCAUAAAUCAAAAACCUGAAAAAAAAACAUUAAAAUUUUUAAGUCUUUAUGUGCGUACAUAUGAACUUACACAAGGCAUAGAGUGGCGAUUUGUUUCUAAUGCUUACUCGAAUUCGUCAAAUACUUAUGUAUAUAAAUGUUUAUGUAGUUUAUAAUGCAUUACAAAUAUUUAGUAGUGGCUUUGUGUAUGUAUUUUUAAGUAUUUACAAACCUGCAUUAAAUAGAUUCGGCAAAGAAAAUUACAUACAUGAAUUAAUUUCGUGCGCCUUUGUAAAUACGUUUUUAUUAAAAUAGUUACUCAGUUAUAUACUUACAUGUACUGUGCAAAUUUAUUAUUUCCCACUUGAAGUUAAACUAAUGUGCGAAAUUAUAUUCUUAAUUAUAUAUUUCGAACUUCCGUAUUAUGCUGACUAUAUUUUAUGUGUAUAUAUUCAGAUAUAUGUA